UUGGAGCAUGAGAGUGAUGGCGAACCAGACUUCAUGCUGCAGACAGUCAGAAAAGGGCAAUACGUAAAUGCCGGUGAAUGUAGCUGUAUGGUGUGCAGAGGUGGAGGAACGUUUAGUAAACUACUUACUCUCCCCUGACCGAUACAACAAGCUGAUCCGUCCGGCAGUCAACAAGAGCCAGCAGGUCACCAUUGCAAUCCAAGUGUCCCUUGCCCAGCUCAUCAGUGUGAAUGAGAGAGAGCAAAUCAUGACCACAAACUGUUGGCUCACUCAGGUAUGGAAUGAUUACCAGUUGAUGUGGGAUCCAGAGGAGUAUGAAGGGAUCAGGAAAGUUCGCCUUCCCUCCCAGCAUAUAUGGCUGCCUGACAUUGUCCUGUACAACAAUGCUGAUGGGACAUAUGAAGUGUCUUUCUACUCCAAUGCGGUCGUGUCAAAUAACGGUGAGGUUGCCUGGCUACCACCAGCCAUUUAUAAGAGUGCCUGUAAAAUUGAGGUCCGGGACUUCCCCUUUGACCAGCAAAACUGCACACUCAAUUUCCGCUCAUGGACUUAUGACCACACAGAAAUCGACCUCAUCUUGCUGUCGGACUUUGCCAGCCGAGAUGACUUCAAGCCAAGUGGCGAAUGGGAUAUUGUGUCCUUGCCUGGUCGCAAAAACGAAGACCCAAAUGACGCCACAUAUUUGGAUAUAACGUAUGAUUUUAUCAUCAGACGCAAACCGCUGUUCUACACCAUUAACUUAAUCAUCCCAUGUGUUCUCAUCACUUCACUGGCCAUCUUAGUUUUUUACCUCCCAUCAGACUGUGGGGAGAAGAUGACUUUGUGUAUCUCUGUUCUUCUGGCCUUAACUGUGUUCCUCUUGCUUAUUUCCAAAAUCGUACCGCCGACCUCACUCGCUGUGCCCCUCAUUGGAAAGUACUUGAUGUUCUCCAUGGUCUUGGUGACUUUUUCAAUUGUUACAAGUGUGUGUGUGCUAAACGUGCACCAUCGUUCCCCAAGCACACACACUAUGCCCAAGUGGGUCAAAUACUACUUCCUGUUCCGUUUGCCUGGUUUCCUAUUCAUCCGACGACCGGGAGAGUCCAACAAACGUGAGAAAUUUCACAGGAAGCACCAGCAGUGCUCUUCAUCUGAUCACCCAGCAAAAAGUAAGGCAGAUGAGACUGAUUCCACCUUCUUUGUCAAUGAAGAUGCCAAGCACAUUGGUUGGAGACCUGGCGAGUUGCAGGAAAGCACAGAAUUUCGUAAGCGAAUGGCGGUAAAGUGCUCUGCAGACAUGGAGGAGGCUGUGAAGGGGGUCCGAUAUAUCGCUGACAAGUUGAAGAAUGAGGAUGAUGAUGAAGGGUUUACUCACGUUCACUAG